AUGGAUGUCGAACGAGUCGCUCUCGAUACGGCAAGCUUUGCUUUGCACUUAAUGCACAUGAUCGUUUGCAUCCUCGCAUUUCUAAUCAAUCUGCUUCUCUUUUAUUUGCUCACAAAAUACACUGUAUUUCAUCAUCAUAUGAAGAUGAUCAUGAUCAAUUUGACGCUAGCAGUCCUUGCUUCAGUUUUUUAUUUGCUUAUCAGAUCGUCGUUGGGAGUUUAUCAGAUUUAUCACAAGAAUCCGAUGGCGCCGACGAAUGAACCUCGCGAAGACGUCGAUUGUGCGUUUUCUGAAACAGUGCCUCGAUCGAUUUGCCUUCUUUUCUUCGCAUUUCCGAUGUGUCUCGUGAUCGAGAGAUCAAUUGCAUCUCGUCGAUUCUGGGAUUAUGAAAAUGAAAAUCUUUCCGGUGGCGUCGGUGCCGUUUGUUUUGUCUUGUGGAUCCCAACCUCUAUCGACAUUCUGGGUUUUUUGAUGCAAUUCUCCCUUCCGGAUUCCCUCGAAACUUGUCAAUAUUCAAUGCUCAAAAAAACGUUCCUUCAAAGGAAUAUAAUGUUCAUAAUUGUCGCAUUUUUCUGCCUCAUUUUCACCAUCAUGUUCAGACUUCUUGAAAAGGAAAAUCGAAACAGCGAAGCAGAUUAUGUUGCCAAUCACUACACAACGCUAUCAGUCCGAUUCCAAAUAAGGGAAAACGUGAAGACGUGUCGAUUCGCAGUGUCUCUCAACUUGCUACUCUUCGUUGCAUUCCUUGUCUUCUUCUUGUUCGACCAAAACCUCAGCGACAGUGAUUUGAAUGAGCAUUCGGCAGCGAAACGGGAAUACUUAUUCUUCGUUUUUCCGGUGUUCGCAACAAUCUAUGCAAUUCUUUUCAUUGCAUCCCAUCCUCAACUCAUCAAUAAAACCAAACGAACGUUCCAAAAUCUGACCUCCUCGUUCACUCAAUACCAUGAACAGGAGAAAAUGUUAUCGUAA